CUACGACCUCGUUCUUCCUGUCAUUGCUUGGCGUAUUGCACCGUUCUGUCAAACUUGGAACAAAAAGGGGUGAAAGCCCGUGAGUUGCGAGCGAGUGAAAGUUUGUGUGCAGGGUGGGGCCUCUUUUGCAAAAAUUUCAUUGGUAUCGCGAUCGCCGAAGAAGAUGAAUUAAUCUAUCCGCAUCUGUCGCACCUAGUAUUGUUAAAUUAUACCCUUUACACGAUUAAUCGCCCGUGAAUUCGAUCGGCUUCGAGACAGCUGCGGAGAAAACAGCCAUGGAGGACGACUUGCCGACCGAAUACGAUGUGGUCGUCGUAGGAACAGGUAUGACCGAGUCCAUCGUCGCCGCGGCGGCAAGCAGGAUCGGCAAAAAGGUUCUACACCUGGACAGCAAUGAAUAUUAUGGAGGUCUUUGGGCUACAUUUAAUUUUGAUGGCUUACAAAAAUGGAUAGAAGAUUUAAAAACAGCUAAGAAUAACACUAGAAAUAUAAAUAUUGAUUUGGAAGAGGGUGAAAAAUUUUUAAAGGCUAGUGAUCAAUAUUCUACGGUUGAGAAUAUUGGAGAAACCUGGUAUAUUUACAAUGAGGCAGAUUUGCCUGAUGUUUCCUCAAAAGAUACCCAAACUGAGAGUUCUGGAGAUAGCGCCGCAGCCGAAAAUGCGGAAAAGACUGAUCAGGACAAAGCUGACAAGAAAGAUAAUGAAACAAUGAAACAAUGGAGCAUAGACCGUAUAAAAAAAGAAUAUAGAAGAUUUAAUAUUGAUCUGGCACCUAAACUAUUAUUUGCCCGUGGCGAAUUAGUGGAACUGUUAAUUUCUAGCAACAUUGCACGUUAUGCCGAAUUCCGUGCAGUUUCUAGGGUUGCUACUUAUAUGGAUGGUAAACUUACGCAAGUUCCUUGCUCUCGAGCCGAUGUAUUUGCGAAUAAAACUGUUAGCGUGGUCGAGAAGAGAAUGUUGAUGCAACUUCUAACAUCUUGCAUGGAACAAGGUGCCGAUAGUCCAGAGUUUGAUGGUUUCCGUGAUAAAACAUUCUUAGAAUAUCUUAAUACAAAAAAUCUUACACCUAUAGUACAGCAUUAUGUUGUACAAGCUAUUGCAAUGGCAACGGACAAAACAUCAUGUAGAGAUGGUGUUAAUCGUACGAAACAUUUUCUCAAUAGUCUUGGACGUUAUGGAAAUACACCCUUCUUAUGGCCUAUGUACGGAAGCGGGGAACUGCCUCAAUGCUUUUGCAGACUAUGUGCAGUCUUUGGCGGAGUUUAUUGCUUAAAAAGACAAUUAGACGGUGUGGUAGUUAAUGAAGAUAAAUGUAAAGCUAUUAUUACUGGAAAACAGCGAUUAGCUUUGGAGCAUUUAGUUGUAGGACAAGGACACUUGCCACCAGAGAUUGUAGCCUCCGAAGGAGAAAAUCAAAUUUCGCGCGGAAUUUUUAUCACCGAUAGGUCUAUUAUGCAAGGCGAAAAAGAAAGUCUAACUCUUUUGUACUAUCCACCAGAAGAACAAGGUCAAGAACCUGUUACUCUAAUUGAAUUGGGACCAUCCACCAAUGCUUGUCCUCAAGGAUUGUUCAUGGUUCAUAUGACAUGUAAACGUACUAAGAAUGCAAAGGAAGAUCUGGCAUAUGUCGUGAAUAAGUUCCUGAGAGCUGAACCAUUUGAUUCCACCAAUGCUUUACGUAAUUCUUCUCAUACCCAAACGGUUUCUCCUGAUAAACGACAUCUUCAGAUUGAUCAAAAAGAAAAGGAAGAAAGUGAAUAUCCACUACCUCGAGUAUUAUGGUCCUUGUAUUUGAAUUUACCUGCAAGCGAUAUUAAAUUAAGCAACUCUGCGCCGAGUAACAUACACUUAUGUUCUGGACCAGAUCUUGAACUUGAUUUCGAUUUUGCCGUGAACCAGGCUAAGAAUAUUUUUGAGUCUAUGUACCCGGAUGAAGAUUUUCUACCGCGUGCACCUGAUCCAGAGGAAAUCGUUUUGGAAGGCGAUGAAACACCAGGUCCGAAAUUCGAGGGUGGUGAGCCUGCAGAAGGUGAAGAAAAGCAAGACGUUGAAAAGGCCGAAAAAGAAGAAUGAAUAAUUAUGAUACAAUGCUUUUGCGUCUCCAAUAUGGAAGAGAAGAUAAGGCUUUUGCGCCUUUAGUGUCUUUUACCUUUAUCAUUAUUGCAUUUCCUUAUAAAACGUAUAAAAUUAAACAUAUUUAAAAAAAAAGAAAAAUUAAAACCAUGAGAUACCAUGUGAGACAGUAAUAACAAGGAGAAAUUUCACUUGUCACAGAUAUUUAUCUUGUUUUGUGUUAUUCAUACACGUUUUUCGUCUAUUCAGAAUAUUUUCAUCAUUGAAUUACGUAUCUCCGAUUUAUCUCACGCCAAUAUAGAUAAGACAGUUUUGCAUUUCACAAUUUAUUUAUAAUGUGAGCAGAUAGUAUUAUGCUUUUGUAAGGACACAGACUCGUUAGGAGAGCACAAAUGCGUUUACCAAAGUAAAUAUAAAUUUAUUAUGUAUUUAUUAGGUUCACAUUUUUUAAUAUUAUUAUUUUUAUAUAUAUUAAUAAUUCUUUUUGUGGAAUUGAACGCAUAUUACAUAAAAAAAAAAUUCAGAUGCAUUUUGAAAUCCAUUCUAAGUAGACAUAGCGCUAUCAUUAGAUUCAAGAUAUACAUAUGCUACAGAUCACAACAAUAUUGGUAGAAAUGAUAAAAAUACAAAAAUAUGGCUUCACGCUUUUAUACUUUAAUAGAUAUUAAUAGUACACUGCAAUUAUAUAUAAUGUAUUGUAUGUGCACGAGUCAUUUAGAUAAUUGUCAUUAUGUAUGAGAUUGAUAGUUUGUAUUAUGUACAUUAUACAUAAAUGAAUAUGUUAGCUUCAAU